GCGUGCACAUUUUUUGCUGAUUAGCGGACACCUGCCCAAGGCGAGCCGCGAAACACCGCUACUCGUGCGGCUAUUUAAGCCACGCCGGGACUCAUGGUGGCAUCAGACGUUGUCCUGCUUCUGUCACACCAAUAUGAGGAUCCUGAGCGUCAUCCUGCUGGCCGUGGUGCUGUUCAUGGGAGCGUUCGCCGCCCCUCCCACUGCUCCCAAGAAUGUGGUCAUCGACCUGGAUAAGGACACAAUGAGUCACGAGCAGUACGGAGAGCCAGGCAAAGCUGUGUAUGGCAUGUACAGAGCUGAGAAACCCAACGGCGAAUGGUACACCGUCGAGUACAGGGCUGACCACACCGGCUUCCACGUCCUCAACUAGGCGCUGACGACAGCGACACCUGACAACGCAAAAACUGACGGCGGCACCUACAUCGGGUCACCUUUCUACGGCACGGUUGGAGCCACUUUCUACAUCACGACCUCUCCUUCUCUCCUUUGACAUCUCCAUGAAUUCCAUGAAUCACUCUCUCUCCUAAAUAAAACUAUCUCAAGUUUU